CCGUGCAAGUGGCGGCGCGGCGCGAGAGCAGCCCUGGCCGGGCCCGCGGCGAAAGGAGGAGGAGGAGGCGGCGCGAUCGCCCGAGCUUGGCGCUCCGGAGGUGGCAGCAGGCUGCAGCGAAGAGGCAGCUUCAGCAGGUUUAUUGCUCCUUGGCACAGCAAGGCUUCUGCUAUGACCACAACACCAGCCUUCUCUCCGGACAGUGAGGACAUUCUCUUAGAAGACCCACCCAGGGUGCCCUCCCUCCUGUGCAUGCCCUCCACCCAGGACCAUCAUGGGAAGUGUCAGUAGCCUCAUCUCUGGCCACAGCUUCCACAGCAAACACUGCCGGGCAUCUCAGUACAAGUUGCGCAAGUCUUCCCACCUGAAGAAGCUGAACAGAUACUCAGACGGACUGUUGAAAUUUGGCUUCUCUCAGGAAACUGUUCACAAUAAGUCCAGCUCCAAAGGCAACAAGAAUGAGGACUUUUUUUACAUCAAGGUCAACCAGAAGGCUCACCGGACAGACUACACCCCACUCUCCGGGGGGGAGCUGGGAGGCCAGGCUGGGAGGAACAGUGUGGACUAUGGCAACCCGACGCCACCCAAACUGAAGCCAGUCUCCAACCAGAUAGAACUAGCCACUGACAAGAGUGCUACGAGGCCCACGGCCUUCAAGCCUGUGCUCCCUCGCUCCAGCACAGUCCUCCACUCUUCUCCAGAACACGGCAACCAUGUUCCCCAGAAGCUCCAAUCGCAGGAGAAAGCCAAGGAUCUGGAUGCUAAGCCUGCUCUGUGCUCCGGAGGACUGUCGGACUCGGGAAGGAACUCCAUGUCUAGCCUCCCCACGCACAGUACAGCCAGCAGCUACCAGUUGGACCCCCUUGCCGCUCCCGUGGGGCCCAUCAGCCGAUUUGGGGGCUCUGCCCUGAACAUCACUCAGUGCGCCAUCCUGCAGGACAGUAACAUGAUGAGCCUGAAGGCCUUAUCCUUCUCAGAUGGGGGAACCAAGAUCCUGAACCCUGGCAAAAUGUCUGCUCCUCCCCACCCCGGCGAGAAGAACUCCUGCGUCCGCUCGCCGAUCUCCACGGAGGAGUCGGCAAUCCAGGAGCUGGAGCAGAAGCUUCUGGAGAGGGAGGGGGAGCUGCAGGAGCUGCAGUGCAGCUUCGAGGAGAAGGAGAUCACCUCCUGCCAAAGCUACGAGGAAAAGCAGAGGCGCUGCAGGGACGAGAUGGAAGGGCUGAAGCAGAAAUGCAACAGCAGGCUCAAGCAGACGUCGCAGAAGAGCCACAGGGCACAGCAGCUGCUGCAGCUGCAAGUCUUCCAGCUGCAGCAGGAGAAGCAACAGCUCCGAGAGGAACUGGCCAACCUGAUGAAGGAGCAGGACCUCCUGGAGGCCAAGCUGAGGUCUUAUGAGAAGGAAAAGACCAACUUUGCCCCCGCGCUGGAGGAGACUCAGUGGGAGGUGUGCCAGAAGUCUGGUGAAAUCUCUCUCCUGAAGCAGCAGCUGAAGGAAUCCCAGACAGAGCUCAACAGCAAGACCAACGAGGUCCUCAACCUGAAAGCUCAACUGAAGGAUGUCCGGGCAAAGAUGGAACUGCUAGAUAUGAAAAUCCAGGACCUGGAAGAUUCCCUGCGUGCCAAGGCCAUGGAGCUGGAGGUGUGCGAGAACGAGCUCCAGCGCAAGAAGAACGAGUCAGAGCUCCUGAGGGAGAAGGUGAACCUGCUGGAGCAGGAGAUUGCAGAGCUGCGGACGGAACUCACCAUCCUCAGGGAGCAGAUGAAGUGUGGGGCAGCUUCCGCGGGCCUGGAGGGGAGCAUGACGGAGGAAGCGCAAGCCCUAUGGCAGGAAGUGGAGAAGCUGAAGGCAGAGCUGGGGGAGGCUCAGGAUAGCAACCAGCAGAUGACGACCGGCUUCCAACAGGAGCGGCAGACCUGGAAGGAGGAGAAAGAGAAAGUCAUCCACUACCAGAAGCAGCUGCAGCAGAGCUACCUGCACAUGUACAAACGGAACCAGAACCUGGAGAAGAUGCUCCAGCAACUGGCUGCAGGGGAGGAUGGCAAAGAGCCUUUAGACCUUGACCUCCAUGGAACUGAUGUCCCUUAUGAGGACAUCAUCGCCACUGAAAUCUGAAGGGUUCUGCGUCGUUUGGCCCGCUCUGGAGAGGAGAUGCAUCUUUCAACUGGGGGGGGAGGAGAUUGUGUGUGUACAGUCCAGGAGAACCACCUGUUUUCUUGGUUGAGGUCCUUUGCCUGGCCAAAAUGGAUCACUAGCUGUUGUCCUGCCACAUGUUAAUGGUGUGAGGCACCAAUCCCAACCCUGUCAUGCCCAAUGCUUCCUCCUGGGAGCGUUAUCCCGACUAGAGCAUCCCAGUGAGAAAUAAAAAGGGAAGUGGGGGUGUGUUACCAGUUGACCAUUCUGUCAGGAUAGAAUCAGAGCAGCUGCUGCUUUCAGUGGAGAAUAUGCAAUAAUCUCCAUGCCAAUUACCACAGGUGACUGCUUCUUGCCCAUGACCCUGAUAUCAGUUCCCAAGGGCUCCUGGGAGUGCCAGCCAUAGCAAAUGCCAUUAUAGCUCUCCUGCAGCCAUUAAACUAUGGGAUGAGGCCUGUUCAUACCCCACGAGCCUCUCUGUUGCCAUGUGAAAAAAACUUUUUUAGGGGGGAAGCGCAGGAUUUGGCCACUUGUUCCUUUGUUAGAGUCCAUCACAACAGGCUGUCAGCAUUAUCCUGCAAAUUCUUAUUGACCAGGGAUACGUAAGUGGUCAGGGCCGGCCCUACUAUUAGGCAAUGUGAGGGAUCUGCCUCAGGUUGCAGAUGCUGGGGGGCCAGGAGAGGUGGAGAGCUGUGUGUGCCAGGCAGCCUGCCCUGCAGCUCCUAAGGUGCCCUGUUGCCCUCAGGUGUGGUGGAAGACACCACAGUUGAAGCAAAAUUCAGUUGCCUGCCCACUAUACAUGGAAUACGGAGACAAGAAUACAUCUUGUCCUUUGCCUCAGAGAGGAUAGCAAUAGGAUUCUGAGAUACUUGGGGAUCAGACGGAAUGUAAGGCAUUUUUGUGUUUUCUCAUCUGGGAGAGGGCAACCCUGUUCCACUGCUUGCCCGUGGAGAACCCUCUUUCUCCAGCAUACUUCUCCUGUCCAAAGUAAUGGGCGAGUGUUCUAGGCUACUAGAAGCCAUAAACUGGCAAAUCAGCCAGCAGAUCUUCCUUGGCAUUGCUUGGCAUUGCCUCUUCCAUGAGCAGGUAAAAGCUGGGAGAGAAGUCUAUUUUUAUUUAACGUGGGAGUGGGAACUGAAAUGGUGUGUGUGUGUUGAAUGGGAAUGUUUAUAUUCAGUUAUCAAAAAUGUGAAUAUUUUUAUGGAGUUUUUGGGAAGGCUUGUUUUUGGCAAAUAUCUCGUGUUUACUGUUCGCAUUACCUGUCUUCUGUUUGCCUGUUUGCCAAUAGGGUUCAAUCUGCACUAUUUCAAACAGUAUUACGCCUUUUAAACAGUCAUGGUUCUCCCCAGAGAAUCUUGGAAGCUGUAGUUAAGGGUGCUGUGACUCACAGCCUGUGAGUUAUUAAGAGACUCCUAUUCCCCCUGCAGAGCUACAGUUCUCAGAGUGAUUUAACAAUCAACCCUUCUUCCUGGUGAACCUGGUGAACUCUUUGAGGAGAAUAGAGCAUCUCCUAACAACUCUGAUCACCCAUAACAGGCAUCCCCAAACUUCGGCCCAUAGCUGCCAAGUUUUCCCUUUUCUCGCGAGGAAGCCUAUUCAGCAUAAGGGAAAAUCCCUUUUAAAAAGGGAUAACUUGGCAGCUAUGCUUCGGCCCUCCAGAUGUUUUGGACUACAAUUCCCAUCUUCCCCGACCACUGGUCCCCCUAGCUAGGGAUCAUGGCAGUUGUAGGCCAAAACAUCUGGAGGGCCGCAGUUUGGGGAUGCCUGACCCAUAACAUACUAAAGUUUCCAUGAUUCUUUGGAGGAAGCUAGACUUGCUUAAAAUGGGAUAAUGCAGCUUUAAAUGAAGUGUGCAGGUAUGACCUUCAAAGGGUAUUUUGAACCCACGGGGGGGGGGGGGGGAUACCCCUUCCUUUAUUGAGACACCCCAGGAGCUGUGAAAUGCAGAUGGAAUAGGACGGAGGAAGGACUGGGCCAGACUGGUACAGCAAAGUGGAGUUUUUAAUAAUGGAAACACAAUCAGUUGGAUCAAAAGGUUUAAACCUCUCUUCUUCUCAGGGGCAAAAGAAUCGACCAGUUAACAAUCAAAUCAGCACUUGUUCCAGACAGGCCCUUGUAAGUUCUCUGCCUUUGUAUGGAGCUCCUUGUCCCAAGAGAGCCCCAAACCAGCCACGUACAAGCUAGCAGAGAACCUGCUUCUGCCCCACUGGCUGUGGAAAGAGCCUGCCGGUUGCCAGGGUGACACAGGGCAGGCUGUGUCUCAGUUCACCUAUCCUUUUAUAAAAGCGCAAACUAGGUAGGUUACCCUUCAAAUGUGAACUAAAUUGAAUUCCACCUCCAUUGCUAGUUGCUGCUGUGAAACGUACAGCAAACAUCUCGCAGCCUGGCAGCCCUGCAUGGUACGUUCCACCUUGUUCGACUUUCUGGAGGAAUAGAAAAGAUGUCAGUCAGCACCUAGGGCUUGAGAUAGAAGUGGAAAGUCUUUUGCUUCCUCCAUUCCUCCUCUGCGGGGGGAAACCUCUGCAGAUCACUCUCAGCUUGCAGUGGUGAUUUAAAACAUCGCUCUUGGGCUUGUGAACACGAAGCCCUGGCAGUGUUACUGCCCCCUCUUCUCUGCCUGUCUCCCAGCCAGCUAAUUGGGUUUAUGCGCAUAUGUUUCUGAUUAGCAAAAUUUGCAUUGUUAAUUGCAGUCUCAAAACCAGCCUGCUCCCCGGUGAACCGCCAGUGACCCCAUGGGGUUAAUUACCUCUGAGUGGGAGUGGCUUGGUGUAGCCUGCUUGCCAUAUCCUGCUGAUCCGAUCAACUUUCCCCAGUGCCUGCCUGAUGUCUUUCUCCUCCCCUCCAUCUACCUCACCUAAGGGCAGGGGACCAGCUGGUGGUAGACAUCAUUAAACUGGGAGCCUGUUUUCUUAUUUAAGCCUGAAAGGCAUCUUUUGUAAGAGGGCAGAACACCUCCAGUACAAUUUUGCUUUUGCCCCAAAGGCUUAGCUCAGCUCCUCCAGAUGAAUGACCUGUUUAUUGAGCAUUCCGUUAUGAUUUUUGCCUAAACAGAGGUUAGGCUAUGUCUGGUCUUCAUUGAACAUUCAUUCUGAUUUCUUUGCCAGGAGAUUCUACAACAAUAAGCAUUAGUCCUGAAUUCAUCCUGAUUUGCUUACUUGGUGGUAAUAAUUGUUUGUUUAUCCCACAUUUGCCAGUGCAUUCCCCCCAACACUUUCCUAACUACAAAAAGUCAAUUUGGGGAGGCGGGUGGGUGUUUAAGUAGAUGUGUUACACUCAGGCCACUGAGUGCUUUAAUCAACUUUAAUUGUGCGAUCCUAAAUUUCGGGUGUGCUCCUGAUUCUCUCCUGCAGAAUACUGACAGUGUUCAGGUGGCCUGUGUUUGGAUCACAUGGUGCAGUUUUAUUUUUUUCUAAAAGUGUAGUGCCUGUAGCAUUUUCCUUCUAUAAGUAAUGGAACGAGGGAUUAACGAUGAAAGAGGCAGCGGGUGCUCCCUUCAAAUGUUUCCCGUUACCCGUUGCUUCCCUAGCUUUUGGUCACAGCACAUUAAGAUCUUUAGCCCGCACCAACAUUUUAGGAAACUUAACGGGUGGCUUAGGGGGACCCAGGUGGCGCUGUGGGCUAAACCACUGAGCCUAGGGCUUGCUGAUCAGAAGGUCGGUGGUUCGAAUCCCUGCGACGGGGUGAGCUCCCGUUGCUUGGUCCCAGCUCCUGCCAACCUAGCAGUUCGAAAGCACGUCAAAAUGCAAUUAGAUAAAUAGAAACCGCUAUAGCGGGAAGGUAAACGGCGUUUCCAUGUGCUGCUCUGGUUUGCCAGAAGCGGCUUUGUCAUGCUGGCCACAUGACCUGGAAGCUAUACGCCGGCUCCCUCGGCUAAUAAUGCGAGAUCAGUGUGCAACCCCAGAGUCGGUCACAACUGGACCUGAUGGUCAGGGGUCCCUUUAACGGGUGGCUUAAAGAAGCCUACCGUAGUUUGUUUGCUUCCAUGCUCCACCGCAUCUACAAGCAGAUCCUUCCAAAAGACAGCAAUAAUUUGUCAUGUAAAAGAAUUGGAUCUAUCCACUUCCCUUCAUUGCACCCCCAUCAGCACCAGUGGUUUGAGUUGAUUGUGUACAAAUAUUUUGAAGUCUUCUUGAGAACACAUUCAUUCCCACAGUCUCACUGCUAUCUCUUGGCAGUGGCAAUGGCAAUGAAUGUUGAUGAUUUGACUAUUUCAAAUCUGAGUGGUGAUUAUGUGUUUUUAAUAUUGAAUGCAUCAAUGACAGCAACUCCACUACUGCUUUAAAAUAAACACAUGACCCUAACAGUGUGGCCAGGUAAAUUAGCUGUUGUGGUCUUCAUAUCGAAGAACACAAAAAACAAUGACAGGAAUUUGCAGAAGAUUAUUAUUAUUAUUAUAUAUUUUUUACCCCUUUUUCUUUGAUUGUGAUUUCCAUUUUCCAUUGAGACAUUGGGCUCCCUUCCCUGACCUCGAUUUUUUGUGAGUUGACAUUGUUUGUGUUUGGAUGCCACAGUAAAGUAUGAUUUAUUGUGGUGGGGGUGAGGCACACUGAGUCUUAGAAAGGAGAUCGGAAGGCUUUUUUGCUUCUGUUUUUAAUUGACUGCAACUUGGUGCAUUAUCCAAACCUGAGAACCCAUUGUUAAUCUCAACAAUGAUUUGUUUUGAACAGGUAAACUUAAAGCCGUGAUUUAUUAAAAUGCCCUGCUUAAACAAACCAUAGUUAACAGUAACCGCAGUUUAGGGUUCCACACCAGCAUCCCACUGCAUCAAAGGGUCACAGGUUAGCUUGUUUUCAGAAUUUUGCAGUGUAGUAUGUUCAUUGCUUUUCUGCUCCAAAUGUGCCCUCAGCUGCUUCCUAACCAUGUUGACUCUUAACAAGCAUGUAUUUCGAACUCUGCAGAGGGAAAGAGGCUGCAGACUUUUUUAAAUAGCGAAGCACUCUUUUCUGCCACUUCUCCAUUCGAAUGGAAAUAACUUCUGAGUAGACAUGUAUAGAUUUGUGCUGUUUAUCCUCUCCCUCUACCACCCUGGCUGCUUUUUCUUUUUGUAAAGAAAACCACCCAUCAGGUUUUAGUUAUACACAUCUUCAAAUAAUUCUUACUUAGAACUUCAGCUGGUCACUAUAGCAUUCUUUGUAGCAUUUGUGACUAGCAGAAACUGCCUUGCAAGCCGGUGGUGGUUUUUAGUUGCCUUGAAGAUCAUUCGCAGGAAAACAUCCUGACUGGGAACAAGUCCACAGCGAUGCCAUCUCCCCAGUUCUCCCCACUUCCUUGUUAUUAAAGGAUGAGGCCGCAGUCUGUUGUAUUCCUUCUGUUCCCAUUUGCUUUCCAAAAUCAGGAUUCAUGCCAUUAAGAAUUGCAAGGAGUCCAUAGGAAAUUACUUUUUCCCUUUCUAUAAAAAAUUGUUGGACUCUAGUUUACCUCUGAUCCCCCUCAAUACGGAUUAGAGCAGGCAUCCCCAAACUUCGGCCCUCCAGAUGUUUUAGACUACAAUUCCCAUCUUCCCCAACCACUGGUCCUGUUAGCUAGGGAUCAUGGGAGUUGUAAGCCAAAACAUCCGGAGGGCCGCAGUUUGGGGAUGCCUGGAUUAGAGCCUUCCGGUUUUAAAACUAGCACCUAAGAGCUUCGUGUAAUUUUAAGAAUGAGAGGUGGGGAGAGAUGCCAGAAAGCUGUCAUUGGCCACAUAUAUGGUACAAAAUAGAUGUGAAAUAAAAAAAUUCCUUCAGUAGCACCUUAAAGACCAACUAAGUUUAUAUUUUGGUAUGAGCUUUCGUGUGCAUGCACACUUCUUCAGAUACACUAGAAACAGAAGUGUCAGACCC